AUGGAGAACGCAGAUUCAGGUCUUAAAUCCGCUGACAUCUUGCCUGCGGCUAAGUCUGACUCCACUGACUCUCCGCCUGCUGCUCAGUCUGACUCCACUGACUCACCACCUGCUGCUCAGUCUGACUCCACUGACUCACCACCUGCUGCUCAGUCUGACUCCACUGACUCACCACCUGCUGCUCAGUCAGACUCCACUGACUCACCACCUGCUGCUCAGUCUGACUCCACUGACUCUCCACCUGCUGCUCAGUCAGACUCCACUGACUCACCACCUGCUGCUCAGUCUGACUCCACUGACUCACCACCUGCUGCUCAGUCUGACUCCACUGACUCUCCACCUGCUGCUCAGUCUGACUCCACUGACUCACUACCUGCUGCUCAGUCUGACUCCACUGACUCACCACCUGCUGCUCAGUCUGACUCCACUGACUCACCACCUGCUGCUCAGUCUGACUCCACUGACUCACCACCUGCUGCUCAGUCUGACUCCACUGACUCACCACCUGCUGCUCAGUCUGACUCCACUGACUCACCACCUGCUGCUCAGUCAGACUCCACUGACUCACCACCUGCUGCUCAGUCAGACUCCACUGACUCACCACCUGCUGCUCAGUCAGACUCCACUGACUCACCACCUGCUGCUCAGUCUGACUCCACUGACACACCACCUUCUGCUCAGUCUGACUCCACUGACUCACCACCUGCUGCUCAGUCAGACUCCACUGACUCACCACCUGCUGCUCAGUCAGACUCCACUGACUCACCACCUGCUGCUCAGUCAGACUCCACUGAUUCACACAAGAUUGGAAAACCCGACAAGAAAACCAUCAGAGCAGAGCUCAGCCACAUGUUUUCUGAGGUGUCUAUCAAGGUGAGCUUCUUCCCAGUGUGA